AAAGACAGCCAUUUUGCACCGUCCCUCUUCCACCCAGAAAGUAGGUUGUCGUGAGAAGACGUAAUCAGAGAAAACGACUAACUCAUAAAUCCCACUAAACCAUUCCCUUUUUGUCAGCAUACCAUACCUACUUAAUUGCCACCGUUUGACAAAGGGUGCAUCGAGGAUUGGCGGGAGCAACAUUUCAGAAAAGCAAGGCUACAGAGAGGCGUUUGACAAAGGCACUGGAUGGAUAGCAUCGACGCUGAAGCCCUCUACCUGACCACAGCGCAGCACGGGCAACCUCAAUGCGAGCUUUCCCUUCCUGCUGUGGAAGUAUCUGCCCUUGGCGGAACCAAGAUGAACGGGUCCCUGGACCACCCGGACCAGCCCGACAUUGAUGCUAUCAAAAUGUUUGUGGGUCAGGUCCCUCGGAUGUGGUCGGAGGAUCAGCUGCGCGAGUUGUUUGAGCCCUACGGUGCAGUGUAUGAAAUCAAUAUUCUUCGAGACAGGAGUCAAAACCCGCCACAAAGUAAAGGUUGUUGUUUUGUCACAUAUUACUCCCGUAAAUCUGCAUUAGAAGCACAAAAUGCCCUUCACAACAUGAAGAUUCUUCCAGGGAUGCAUCAUCCUAUUCAGAUGAAACCUGCAGACAGUGAGAAAAACAAUGCUAUAGAAGACAGAAAGCUGUUUAUUGGAAUGGUUUCAAAGAAAUGCAACGAGAACGACAUCAGGCUCAUGUUUUCUCCUUAUGGUCAAAUUGAGGAGUGCCGCAUACUCCGAGGCCCUGAUGGACUGAGCCGUGGCUGUGCCUUCAUCACAUUCACUGCGAGACAGAUGGCGCAGUCUGCCAUCAAAUCCAUGCACCAGGCACAGACCAUGGAGGGCUGCUCUUCUCCUGUUGUUGUGAAGUUUGCCGACACACAGAAGGAUAAAGAACAGAAACGCAUCGCUCAGCAGCUGCAGCAACAGAUGCAACAGCUCAACGCUGCCUCCAUGUGGGGAAACCUCACAGGACUGAACUCACUGGGUCCACAGUACCUUGCACUUUAUUUGCAGCUUCUUCAACAGUCUGCAUCCUCUGGAAAUGCGCUCAACAAUCUCCAUCCAAUGUCAGGUUUGAAUGCCAUGCAGAAUCUGGCUGCAUUAGCAGCAGCUGCGAGCGCUACACAGGGGAACCCCACAGGUAGCAGCGCUCUGACCACCUCUAGCUCUCCCCUCAGCGUCCUCACCAGCUCAGGUACGCCUUCUGGACAGCACGGUCAAUCUGCCUGGGACGCCUUCAAGGCUGGUUCCUCUCCCACCUCCAGUACUAGCUCUUCUGUGAACACCAUGGCGUCUUUAGGUGCUCUUCAGUCUUUUGCUGCUGGUGCUGGAGCGGGUCUCAACAUGAGCUCACUAGCAAGUAUGGCUGCUCUGAAUGGUGGUCUGGGCAGUGGGGGUCUCUCGAACGGCUCUGGUAGUACUAUGGAGGCUUUGACUCAGGCAGCCUAUUCUGGGAUCCAGCAGUACGCAGCUGCCGCUCUGCCCAGCCUCUACAACCAGAGUUUACUGUCCCAGCAGAACGUCAGUGCAGCCGGAAGCCAGAAGGAAGCCAGUCACAAUCAGAGCGCGGGCCCCGAAGGAGCAAAUUUGUUCAUCUACCACCUGCCACAAGAAUUUGGUGAUCAGGAUUUAUUGCAGAUGUUUAUGCCUUUCGGCAAUGUUAUCUCAGCCAAGGUCUUCAUUGACAAACAGACCAAUCUUAGCAAGUGUUUCGGCUUUGUAAGUUAUGACAAUCCAGUUUCAUCCCAGGCGGCCAUUCAGUCAAUGAAUGGUUUUCAGAUUGGAAUGAAGCGUCUGAAGGUGCAACUUAAACGAUCCAAAAAUGACAGCAAGCCAUACUGAGUGAUUUCACUCUCAAAUGGACUUGCUUUGAAAAUGUUUUUCUGAUAUCUUCGUGCCCGUUUGUCAUCGUUUGCCUAGCAUGUUGAUGUGACGUCAAAAGUUCAUCGUCCAGUCCGUUGUCCUCUUCGCUUCUCUGGCGCUUGAAAUUUCACACUUGACCUUUUUUGUUAACUUUUGACGCUGUUGAUUACUUUGUUUUUUCCUUUGUGUGAUGUUCAUUUCUGUCAUUUGUGCUGCCAAUAGGGAGCGUUAGAAAGACUGCUUGCGUGUAAAAAGUUUCAUGAAAAUCGUUCAGAGCAAAGAGUCUAUUUUUCUAGAACGUACAAACAUAACCACUAGAUUUUUGCAGAAGCUUUUAAUUUUCCUUGUUUAAUUUGUUUUCUUGAUCAAUUUUUUAUUGUUUUAAAGCAGUCUUCCUAACGCCUCAAAUUGUACUCCUUUUUGAUUUUUGUUUUCUCAAAGCAGCCAUUCAGUUUAUAGAAUCACUGUUGUGUGUUCAAGUGUGGGUGUGUUUCCCUCUUUCUCUCACUUGUUAGUUCUAAACCUUUUUAGAGGAUGUUUUCGUCACAUUUUGCUGAAAUCGAGGAUAAGCUUUGUAAUUUUGUGUUAGGUUAGUUGGCAUGAUGUAAUUUUGGGAGUUUUUAUUAACAGAGUGACAUACAAUAGACACUUGAAUUGCCUUUUUUCUUUGUGUGUCGACCCAAUACAGGCACAUGUUUUUUAUUUCCUUAUUGUGUGAAAAUCAGGAUUAGUCUGAAAUAAAAUGCAUAGACUAAGCAGAGUUGAAUUUCUUGUCGCAGGUGAAUAUUAAGCAUGCAUGUUUUUUGUAAGUGCACUGAAAUCCUCAGCAAAAUGUGAUUUAGUUUUGUUUAAAAAAAGUUCAGAUGAAUAAAGUGGUGCCAAAAGUUUUGCAUGUUGAUGUUGGUUACAUUAUCGGUAUGUUUCACGUCAUGCUAUUAUGACAUGUUCUACGUUCAGAGAAAGACAUGACAGUGUGUUUUGGUUUAAAGUGGGCAAAUUUAAAAUGUGUUCUUAAAAUUAAAGAGGUUUUCGAGUCAUCACAUGAAAUAAGUGAUCAUGCCUACAACAGUGAACUUAUUAUUUUAAGAUGUAUUGUUUGGUUGAGCAUUUGUUACAAUCAUACAUCUGUUUUACACUUUUGUUCUUUUGUUUAUCAUUUGACAUUUGUGUUUGUUGUGAUCAAAAGUUGUGGACUGGGUUAUAGCGCUCAACUGCAGCUGAGGGGGCAGCCUUCUAAUAUCCAUGUUUCCAUUAAUGAAGAAGAGCUACAUUUAGGAUUCUUCACCCCCUUUAUUUUAUUUUAUGCAGACAGACUUCUAAUUGGGAUUGAGGUGGUUGAUGUUUUCUAUCUAGAAUUUUAAGCUGCUGUUUUGUUCUCAGAUUUCCUGUGGGAUGUUUGUCAUUAUUGGUACAGAGUGAUUGUAUUUAACAUUUAAGAUUUGUACAGAUUUUUCUUUUUUCUACUUCAGAACUUCUGUUUCACAAUGUAAAUCCCGUUAGGUAGAGCAUGUAGACUGUAACACAUGACCAAACAUCAACCAAAACAAAUAGUCCACAAAACAGCCUUUAAAUUAAAAUUUUAGUUUUUUGUCA